UAUACUGUGAGAGAGAAUGUGUUUACAUUGAAUAAAGUACAAAAAUAAUAAAUCUACAAAAUUGGGACCAUACAAUUUGGAAUUUGGUUGUAAAAAAAAGCAAUAACAACGAGAAAUGUUCCUGUCAAAGAUACCGUUUCUUCUGAGAAAUACUUUUCCUAGUGUCCAAUAUGAAUCAGGACAUGCUGGCAUUCUCAUGCGUAACUUCUUACAAAAUAAUACAUCCUCUGUGGGAUUAUCAACAUCAAUACAACAACAGAAUGAACAAGAUUCAACAAAAAACCAGCCAUCUUUACUUUCAAUAAACACUAGUACACCAGAUAAAUUAUAUAAAAAAAUUGAAGUGGAAGUUAGAGGAAAUGAUCCAGCGGUGUUAAAAAGCUAUGGAGAAUUUGUAAUGAUGGCUGCAAAUCAUUUAAAAAUCAACGUAGGUAGAAAUACAGCACCACAUAAAGCUAUUCACGAACGAUGGACUGUGUUGAAAUCUGCCCAUGUUCAUAAAAAACAUCGGGUUCAGUAUGAAAUCAGAACCUAUUAUCGCUAUCUCGAUUUUCUAAAGUUAACUGGGUCAACAGCAGAUACCUUUCUAGAGUAUAUUCAAAGAAAUUUACCGGAAGGAGUAGCGAUGAAAGUGACAAAGAUUGAAUUGGAAAAGUUUCCAGAGAGUAUAGCUGCAAUGUGUAAUAUGUAAUUAUCAGUGGUCUAUUUUGUGGUACGUCGAUAUUGACGGUUUUGAGAGGUGUAUCUGCCAGGUGUUUGCCUGCAAUUCGACG